AUGUUUUGUCAGAUGAAAAUUCAGAUUGUCGCUUACUUUGAUGAAGCACAAUGGUUCCAUGAAGGAAAUGUACCUACCAUAGACAAAUACAUGCAAGUUGCAAGAUUUGAACAAGAGAGGGGGCAUGUUGCCUCAGCAAUUGAAUGCUACGUGAAGCAAUAUAGUGUCUCAAAGCAACAGGCUUAUGACGAGUUUAACAAGCAAAUUGCAAAUGCAUGGAAGGAUAUUAACCAAGGGUUCCUCAGACCUACUUCCAUGCCAGUCCCAAUCCUUACCGGAGUUCUCAAUCUUACACGAGUGGUAGACAUCAUUUACAAGGAAAAUGAUGAAUACACUCAUGUUGGGAAAGUGAUGAAAGAUAAUAUUGCAUCCUUGCUCAUUGACCCUGUGCCAGUAUGAGCAAAUGAAAGUUAAUUCCAGCUUCUUCCAUAUGUCAGCAAUGGAAAUUAAGGGAAUAAUAUGCAUUGAUGGCAUUGUAAUAAGAUUGGAAUAAAUGCUUUGGCGGCUAGUUUCUCACAGUUUUAGAGUGUUCUGCUUUAAAUAAAAUGCUUCAUUCAUUGAGAAUAAGGACAAACAGUUUGAAUGAAAGUGGAUUGGCAAGGCCCUCUUC